UUAAUUUUCAGCAGUCUGUCGUAAUGGUAAGAUCGUGAUUAUAUAUGCAUACUUUCGCUAUUAACAGUUCGUGAUAAUAAUAUGCUAAUCACAAUCAACUUUAAAAAGCUGUAUCGUAAUUGCUAGAUAAUUUCAAUAUACAAGAUAUAUAUAACGAGAGAAUCGACAUGAUGUUCUUAAAACUGUUAUUAAACAGCGUGUUAAUAUUCAUCGGAGAGACAGCAGCUUUAAUCAACAACAAUUGGGAAAAUAAUUCAGAUUUAACAACUGGACACCGUUUACCAGAUUAUAUACAACCAACCCAUUAUUUACUAACCUUCCAAUUUUCCAAUGUAGAAGCAAAAAACUUCUCCGGCGAUUGCAUUGUACAAAUCAGAAUAGAACAACCAACGUGGAACAUAAGUUUGCACGCACAACAACCACGAAUAAAAAUAAAAUACUUUACUCUUAUGACGAAUGGAUCAUAUAAUCAUUAUAUUCCAACGAAUAGUACGUAUAAUAAUGAAAGUCACAUUCUCAUCUUUCAUUUCUUCAAGGAAGUAUCAAAAGGAGAUUACAUUCUCCAAAUGAAGUUCGACACUAUUCUAGAUGAUGGAGAAAGUAUUUUCAAAACUUCCAUUGUAAACGAAAAAGGAUAUGAAUCGUGGUUUUUGGCAACCUCUUUCCAAGCAAUUGGCGCUCGACAAAUAUUUCCAUGUUGGGAUGAGCCGACAUUUAAAUCCAUCUUUAGUAUGAAUAUAAAGCAUCAUAGGUCGUGUAUAGCUUUAUCGAAUAUGCCAAAAAGCGAUUUAGGAGAAAGAGAAAUCACUAAUGAUGUAAUGAUAUGGACACACUUCGAUUAUAGUCCUGCGAUCCCCACCUAUCUCGUCGCAUUCCUAGUGACUUCAAAUGUCUCGUACCAAGUAGCGAAAUUUCCUCAGGAAAAAGUCGGGAUAAACAUAUGGUGCAGAUCAAAUUUGGUACCGCAACUAAAGUUUGCGAGGAGCAUUAUUGCACAUAUUAUACUGUUCUUUAAUAAAAAUACGACAUCUAAAGAAUAUUUGGAAGACGUUUCGACAGUGCAACAUGUCCUGAUUCCGAGUCUUCUACAUAAUAGCAUAAAAAAAUGGAAACUCAUUUUUUAUAGGGAAACAGCUAUUAUCUAUGAUGAUGAAGUAGAUUCCGUUGCGCACAAAAUACAAAUAGCGCAUUUAAUAGCACGCGAAAUGGUACAUCAGUGGUUAAAUAUUCGAAUGAACCCAGCAUCUUGGUGGUCUUACCAUUGGUUGUGCGAGGGUCUUGCUACGUUAUUUGGAAUAGAUAUCAUCAACAAGAUUUAUCCUGAAUCUCGUAUAACAGAACUGUAUGUAGUUCAGAUCCAACAAGAAUCUCUACGUUUGGACACCCAUUCUAUUAUGGAGCCUCUUACAUCAACGAUCAACAAACCUUCUGAAAUUAAUUCACUUUUCUCUUUUUCCUAUUAUAUCAAGGCACCUAGUAUAUUGCGCAUGUUACGGCAUAUUCUUACCGAUGAUGUGUUUUAUGAGGGUCUGGAGAUAUUUUUUAAAAAACAAUCAACAACUUUGGAUGAUUUCUGGGACGCUAUGCAAACUAUCUACGAUGUAAUAAAAAUACCUAAUAUGGAAAAAUUUAAUAUAAAAGAAAAACUGGAUUCUUGGACACGGCAAAAACAUUAUCCUGUAUUGAAAGUUAGAGAACAUGAUAGUCUUUAUUUGAAUAUAUCAGUAGCAAAUAUCGACAGCUUAGAAUUGAAUAUGAACUGGUGGAUACCUUUAACUAUAGUUAGAGAAACGGAUUUGGAUUUUAUAUCUCAGUGGCAGACGAUCCCACGUCACGAACGGUGGAUAACUCUCUUGGGUAAUACUAAAUUGUUUCUUCCUCGCCAAUUGAACGAAUGGAUAAUAGUUAAUUUACAACAAACGGGAUAUUAUCGUGUUAAUUAUGAAUCUGGCAAUUGGUUAAAGAUUGCGAAAUACUUGAAUAAUAUUACGCUAUAUAAGAACAUACAUAUUCUCAAUCGUGCUCAAAUUAUUGAUGACGCAUAUUACUUCGUGAUGAACGGCCAACUUGAAUCGUCCAUAUUUUUUGAACUCAUAAAAUAUUUAUCGCAUGAGAAAGAUUAUGUGGCAUGGUAUCCUAUGUUUAAAGCUCUUGAAGACAUGUCAACUAUUUUACCAUUUCCAGGCGAAAAAAUCGAUAAACUCAAGACAAAUUUAUUGAACAAUUUAUUUAAACUUCUUCUGGAAAUAAAAUACGAUGAAACAUCUCAAGACGACGACCUUACAAAAUGUUUAAGGCAUGAAGCCGCUAAAUGGAUAUGUCUUCUCGGUGAUAACGAAUGCUGGAUGAUAGCCAAUUCUAAAUUGAAAAAAUAUCUCACGAAUUCUACAGAAACUAAUCGUAGACUUUUUCAAGGGUGGAAAGACUGGAUGUAUUGUAAUGGUUUAAUAGCAUCUAAUAGUCUGACUUGGGACACAGUAUGGCAAACAUAUACAUGGAAACCUGAUAGGAAACUAUUACAAUUUCUCAGUUGUUCGGCAAAUGUUUUCACUAUUAAAUAUAAAAUGCUAGGAAAAGUACCAAUAAAUCGUUAUGAUCAAAUUCAAGUCAUAGAUCAUCUUUAUUAUUUUCAUAAUAUUAUUGAAAUGCAUGCAAGGCGUGAUGAAGUGCUUAAUUACAUAUUAACGAAAUUUGCGGAUGUAAAACCCAAACAAUUCAAUACGAUUGCAGUAUUAAUUGAUCUUAUUAACCACGUAUAUUCUGAGGAACAACUUGAAAUGAUAAAAGAAUUCGUGGAUAAAAUUCUACUUAGAAACAAAAUAACAGUUAUUCUUGAGUAUGACAUUAUUACACAGGAUGAGAUAAAUGAAUGUGUGACAAAUGCAAUAAGACAAUAUAUUUCGCUUAUAUAUCACAAAAUACAACAGCGUUCAGAUCAAAUCACAAAUCAGAAAUAUCGUUUUCGGCAUCUUCUGUCUAUUUAAAAAAAUAAAGAAUAAUUAAACUUGAAUUAUCAACUUAAAUCUAUGAAUGAUAAAAAUUGUGCUAUUUCAUUCUUGAUGAUAAAGGUUUAAAAUAAUUUAUACACGAAUUCUUGUGAAACUUACCUACUAUGUAUAAAUUUCGUUGUAAGAUAAACUGAUCAAAAAGAUUGCCAUAUUAUCUUUAAAGAUAUAAUAAUACAAAAAGUAUCUAUUGAUAAAUGUGAAAUUCAUUAUACUUAUUUUUAUGUAUAUAAUUUGUAAGUUCAGAAAUCAAUAUAAUUUUUUUUU